UGUGCAUCUCGUCUGCACGGGGAGGCGUGCGCUGUGUCCGUGACGGUUCUUUGUCAAAUAACGUCUUUUGAAAGGCUAUACAGAAAUAUAGCUUGUCUUUUUUUUUUACUAUACUCACAGUAAAACACAGUUUUGCACUAAUGUCGGUGGGAAUCGAAUCUGGGUUUUCAAGCGAGGAGGUGCUGAGCAUACGCUUCCCACUUCAUCGGGCUUGCAGGGAUGGAGAUAUCGGCGCCUUGUGCUCACUCCUCCAGUGCGCCACAAACAAAGCGGACCUCGCUGUUGAAGAUUCUUUCUACGGAUGGACACCUUUACAUUGGGCCGCGCAUUUCGGCAAGCUGGAAUGUAUGAUGCGUCUGGUGCAGGUUGGCUGCAGCGUGAACUCGGUGACCUCUCGUUUCGCCCAGACGCCCACUCACAUUGCUGCGUUUGGAGGUCAUCCACAGUGCCUGCUCUGGCUGCUGCAGUCCGGGGCUGACAUAAACAGACAGGACUAUGUGGGAGAGACCCCCGUCCAUAAGGCGGCCCGUGCCGGCAGCAUGGAGUGUGUUAACGCUCUCCUGAUGCACGGGGCCAAAGCUGAUUUGAGGAAUGCUAGUGGACUGACGGCGGCCGACCUAGCCCACACACAGGGCUUUCAGGAGUGUGCCCAGCUGCUCUCCAAUGCUCAAAAUCAGCAAUUAAACCAACUCAACAGUUUCCCCAUCAAUGGCUCCCUCAGCAACGGGGAUCACCAUCAGACCCAGGGGCGGAGCCUACUUAAUGGGGCACCCAAUAGAAAGAGAUCCCUUGACUGCAUGGAGCCUAGUCAUAUCAAAAAGGCCAGAACUGACGGUGCUGAGAUGCCCCUGAAGAUGAGUAGCGGUAUGAAUGGUUUUGGUGGAGAAGAUCAGAUGGAGGGUGUGCAUAUGGAGUUUGGGCCAGCACUGAGUACCACAGGAACCUUGUCCAGUGGACACUGCCAUCCUUCACAAAGCCUGAACGAAACAGGAAUCACACCAGCAUGUGAAAGCGGGAACUCCGAGAUUAGGAACGGCUGUCAUUUUGGGGAUAUGGGCGUCUCCUCGUGCUCAGGCAAUGCUAACCCAGAUAAUGGGCAUCACUGUGAGCAUCACCAUGGCGAUGGGGAGACGGCAGAAAUGACAGAGGACAUCAGUAGUCAGAUGGAACACCACACAACAGUGAGAGCAGAGCAACACUAUGACAGCACCUUUUUCAACACUGUGCAUCUCUAUCAUGGUUCUUAAAGGGAAAAGCCUUCCUCUGCCUGUCAAGCAUUAUACUCAUCAGUCAUAUUGCAUAGUUGUAUAUCUACAAAUACAUGUACCUUACAAAGGGAAGAUUACUGAUGCGAAAUAAGCCAGUACAAUGAAUUGAAUUCUCUUCAUUCUUUAAAUGCCACUUCAUCUAAGU